GGCAGAGAACUCUAAAUUCUAACCUUGUUUAAAGAUCUAGAUCUAUAAUAUAGAGCUAGACUAAUUAUAUAGAUCUAGAUUUACUGUAUCUAGAAUAUAUCUAGUAUAGAUAGAGUAGAUCUAGAGAUUAGAUAUACAAUCUAGAUCUAGAUCUACUAUUUCGAUAGAUCUCUCAUCCUUAGAAAUGAGAGAAUGUCUGUAAAUGUAAAAGAUGGCUAGCUUAUCAGUUACUUAUAUACUAUGGCUAUUCUUUGGAUGGCUUGGUAUUCACCAUCUUUAUCUGGGCCGUCGCAAUCAUGCUAUUGUCUGGUUUGCCACACUUGGGGGUGGAUUUGGAAUAGGAUGGCUGAGAGAUUUAUGGCGUAUACCAUCUUAUGUAGAAUGGGCUACAGCAAGUGGAGAUUUUCAAAGGCGUUACCUUUUAAGAAUGUCAUUAAAGAAAUAUCCAUCAUGUAGCAUAUUCAGACUAUUGGGUUUCUUUUUUAUGGGAUUUCUAGCUGCCUUGGUGUUUUCUGGAGUUAUUCCUAACUAUUCAGAAGAUGACUGGCUGUCUAAUCCUUUGUAUUACUUGAUUUGUCGAUGGUGUUCAAAAUUGUUGUAUGUUUGUGGUGCUAUUUUAGGUGUUUAUCUUGUUGCUAAUAUAGGAGAAAUAAGAUGUUCAUUGCGACAGCCAUUCAUGGGAUGCCUUUUUUCUCUUCCAUGGGUAUUUAUUGGCGAUGGUAAUGUAACUAUGGCACCACUUCUGGCUGGUUUAAGUACAAAGUUCAAAGGCCUUCAGUGGCAGCAGGUAGAACAUGUGUCCAAAGACGAUAAGACCAAAUUUAUAUUUGAUAUUACUGGCUACUGUUUGGCCUCGAUAACAUGGAUAUUUUUAAUAUUUAUUGGUUUGUACUUUAAUGCCACUGUUGUAGUUGAUGAUGAACGCAUUCCAUUACGUUUAGCUUUAUCCAAUUUUUUAAAAUCUGAUGUUUGGAUUCGAACUAAAGAUUCACUCUAUCAGUUAUACAAAAUAUACAGUCAUGCUGGAUGGAAACGGAUGUAUUCUGAUGCUAAGCAUUUGUUUGAUCUUUCUGGAGAGGGAAAUGCAUAUCGCUUACUUGAACUCAGUAAAAGUGCCAGUCAGAAGGAAAUCAACAAACAGUGUCGCAUAUUAAGUAGACAGUAUCACCCUGACCGACAGAAGGACCAGGAAGAAAAAGUCAAGGCUCAGGAAAAAUUUAUUGAAAUUCAAAAAGCAUGUAAUACCUUAUCCACUGAAAGAUCAAGGCGUGCUAAAUCUAGCAGUAGAUCUGAGGAUAAAAAUACAAGAAUGAAAUCUGAUCCAUUUAGGAAAAGAACAGAUCUAUAACUUAUAUAUAUAUAUAUAUAUAUAUAUAUAUAUAUAUAUAUAUAUAUAUAUAUAUAUAUAUAUAUAUGUAUAUAUAAAAUUUAGUUCCAAUAUGUUAGCAAGUUUUCAUUCCAGUUUCCUUAAUUUUACUUUCAUUUAGAUUUUUUUUUCUAAAGUAUCUCUCAAUGAAUUACAUUUUAUUAUUUUCAUAAAAAUAAUUAAAUUUUAUAGUGAGAUGACUAUAGAAUGAUAUUGUUAGUUUACUGCAGAAUGUUCACAUCUUAUGUAUUUUUAAAGAGAGUGAAAACCAUUAUUCUCAAUUUCUUUACUAGUUCAAUCUGAUAAAUUUCUAAAUUGCUUUAAGGGAAGAGGUUACGGUUAUGGCUAACCUUUAUUUGAUGUUUACUGCACCAGUGCUUCACUAUGAAGUAUCAUAAUAGAACUGGUGUUUAAAUUCAAUGUUUUUCAUUAACUCUUUUUUCCUAAUACCAAAAUACUAAGUAAUUUACAUGUUUAUCUAGAUCUUUAUAAAAAUAUAUUAAAAUUAUUUAAAUGAAUAAAAAUAAUUAGCGUAAGUAAAAUAAAAUACAUUUUCUGAACGCUUUUUUUUUAAUUAGGGAAAAAGGGAAAAGCUGUUUUUAGUUUUGUGUAGUCUGUAUGUCCGUCUGUCACACUCAGAUUUCAAAAACUAAUAAAGAUAUUAAGAAUCAGAUUACGCCUUACGUUGUGUCUUGCAAAGUCUAUGUGCAACGACUACUGUGUAUCUGCUUUAUGCAAACCUUUUGUUUUUAAAAUUGAUUAUGCAAGGUAUUUUGUAUUUAAAACUUCUGAAACAAUACAUAAAUUUAAGGGAGAUUAUGAUAACAUAGAUACAAUUUUCUGUUUUGUAUUUUCUGUAAAACUUAUUCAUAUAUAUUUCUAAUAUGUAAAAAAAAUAUUGCUCCAAAAAUAUAAACAUUAACUGAGUUUUUCCUAGUACACUUGCUGUUGAUUAAAUGUUACGUCCCCUACAUUAAUGUGUCUAACAUUGUGUGUUAUCCUUCUUUUAGAUUUAUUGUAUGAAGAGUUAUGCCCAUACAUUCGGGACACAUUAUGGAAGCCAAGAUGGCUGAAUAAAGAAUCUAGUUUACAUGUUUACUUUUUGAAA